CCUGAUCCCUCUCGCAGCCUCUGAUUUUCGGUAGUGCGGUCUGGUGUGCUGAGCCGCCCUUCGGAUCAUCCCCGCAGCAGCGAGGUUUGGGUUCUCUCAGCCACCCCCUGCGGGACAGGAGUAUUUCUGCCCGUGUUGGAUAUAAUAUCUUUUUAUAACCCUUACUCACCCCUGACUACCCCGUGACAGAGAGUGAACUAUGGGUAAUCUGGAGUCUCGCAUAGACCCCAAGUCGCCGUUGGGAUGUCUAAUCCAAAAUUUACCCAAAUUGGGCCUUCCCAUAGAAAAGAAAAGGCUGCUCUUUCUCUCCACCAUAGCCUGGCCACAGUACUCUCUGGACAACCAGUCGAAGUGGCCUCCAGAGGGCACACUCGACUUCAAGGUCCUGACAGAUUUAGAUAACUUUUGUCAAAGAAACCGCAAGUGGUCGCAGAUCCCCUAUGUCCAGGCCUUUUGGUAUCUGCGCUCCCGACCUGCCCUCUGCUCCUCUUGUUCCUCUGCCCAUGUCCCAUUAGCCAAAACCCCGCCUUUGCCCUCAGCCCCACCUGGCUCUGCGCUCUCCGAAAACCCGGAAGACCUGUCCUGCCCCUGCUUCACCAACCGUCCUCCUUAUGCGGGGCCUCAACUCCCUCCUUCCUCUUCUCCUCCUCCCCAAAGCCCUAAUGACUUCCCCUGUCAGUGCUCGUACCCACUCUCACGACCCUCCUCUCCUCCGCCCUCUGUGUGAGGUAGCCGGGGCCGAGGGAGUUGGGCCAGUGCACGUUCUGUUUUCUCUCUCUGACCUAUCUGCUAUCCAGAAGCGCCUGGGGUCUUUCUCCACUAACCCGACUGCCUACACCAAAGACUUCCGCUAUCUUACCCAGGCAUAUGACCUAACCUCGCAUGACACGUAUGUAAUCCUAUCCUCCACCCUCACCCCAGACGAGCGGGACCGAAUCCUUACAGCAGCCCGGGCACACGCUGAUGAGGUACAUCUAACCAACAACCAAAUGCCGGUGGGGGCAGUGGCAGUCCCCAACGCCGACUCGAACUGGAACUAUCAAACAGGUCAAGAUGGCUGCUGCCGCAGAGACCAAAUGCUACAGUGCCUCCUAGCGGGCAUGCAGAGUGUGGCUCAAAAAGUGGUUAAUUAUGAUAAGCUAAGGGAAAUAACUCAGGGCCCUACUGAAAACCCCGCAGCCUUCCUAGACAGAUUAACUAACGCUAUGAUUCUCCAUACUCGACUGGAUCCAGCCUCCCCAGUGGGGGCUACAGUCUUAGCCACUCACUUCAUUUCCCAGUCCACAGCCGACAUUAGAAAAAAACUUCAAAAGGCUGAGGAGGGCCCCCAAACUCCCAUACGAGACCUGGUAAACAUGACAUUUAAGGUUUUUAAUGGCGGAGAGGAAAAGGCCACCCGCCAGGCCCGUCUACAGCAAAAGGUGAGCCUCCAAACCCAAGCUCUUGUAGCAGCCCUGAGGCUGGCAGCCCACCAAGCAUCUGGUGGAGGGGGUCCCUCAAAACCCACCAAAAAUUCUUCAAGGGUCCCACCCGGACCCUGCUUCAAAUGUGGCCAAGAGGGACACUGGGCACGACAGUGCCCCUGUCCUCGUCCACCUCCCGGACCCUGCCCAAGCUGCAAACAGGCUGGACACUGGAAGGUUGACUGCCCAUCCCAGACUACAGGUUCACCCCUCACACCUGCAUGCGGAGGCCAGGCCGGUCUUCUUGGCGUGCUGGACGACUGACAAGGCCCGGACCCAAGGACCCCCCAUCACCGCUGCCGAGCCCAGGGUAAUGCUGCAGGUAGUGGGUAAGUCCAUUUCCUUCUUAACUGGACACGGGGGCUACCUAUUCUGUAUUGCUUUCCUACUCAGGACCUAGCAUACCUUCCCAGGUUUCAGUCAUGGGAAUUGAUGUUAAGCCUUCCUGUCAUAAUCAAACCCAUCCUUUAGCCUGUGUCCUCGAGGGACACCCCUUUUCCCAUCCCUUUUUAAUCAUACCCUUGUGCCCAGUCCCCCUUUUAGGACGAGACAUUCUCCAGACUGUGGGGGCCACUCUCCAACUCACUGGCACCCCACACUCAAGUUCAUCAUCCGCCCACCUCCUACUGCCACUCCUAACCAAUGCCACGCCCUGUCUUAACUCCAAGCUCAUCAUGCGCCCACCUCCUACUGCCUCUCCUAACCAAUGCCACGCCAUGUCUGAACUCCUCACCCCAACCCCCUAUCCCUCCUGACAUAGUUAAUCCCCUGGUAUGGGAUACCUCCAAGCCUGUAGUAGCCAAACAUCCUGCCCUGGGUUAAAAUACUUCUCAAAAACCCUACCCACUUUCCUUCACGUCCUCAGUUUCCCCAUCUCGAAAACCCACCGUCAAGGCCUGAAGCCUAUCAUCGCCCACCUGCUAGCCCAGGAACUACUCAUUAACCACAUCACAAAAGGUGGAGCUCAUUGCCCUAACCCGAGCUCUCACACCAGCACAGGGAAAGCGAGCAAACAUCUACACUGACUCAGAAUAUGCUUUCCUUAUUACCCAUUGCCACUCUGCCCUCUGGAGAGAGUGGGGAUUCCUUACCACAAAGGGGUCCCCCACAAUCAAUGCUACACAGAUCUCCAACCUUUUACAGGCCUUAUCAUUGCCCAGGGAAGUUGCAGUCAUACACUGCUGAGGAUACCAGGCCCAGCAUGAUGCCGUCUCGCCUUAUCAUUGCCCAGGGAAGUUGCAGUCAUACACUGCCGAGGACACCAGGCCCAGCAUGAUGCCGUCUCCUGGGGCAAUGCGCGGGCAGAUACAGCAGCAAAGUCUUUAACGCCAAGUUGACCCCUACCCCUGUUCUCUUCCUUACCACAGCCACACAGCCUGUAUACUCACCAUCAGAAAAACAGGCCCUCAUACUAAAAGGGAACAGAAUCUAAUCAGGGCUGGAUCUUCCUAAAUAACAGAAUUGCCCUUCCCCGGGAACAGGCCCCUACAAUUAUUGCUGAAAUCCACCAAUCCUUACAUAUAGGGCCUAAGGCGUUAUACCGCUUUGUACAGCCCCUCUUUUUCUCCCCAGGUCUGCAACAAACAAUAAAGCAGGUACACAAGGCAUGCGUUACUUGCUCUAAGGUCUCGCCUCAGGGAGGCUUCAGGCCACAUUUUCCUACUCACCAAAUGCGUGGCAACCUACCGGCCCAAGACUGGCAAACUGACUUCACUCAUAUGCCCACUCACAAAAGCUCCGCUACCUCCUAACUUUUGUAGACACCUUUUCAGGUUGGACUGAAACCUUCCCCACCUCCUGGGAGAUGGUAGACACAGCAGCCUCCCUCUUUACUCAAGAAAUCAUCCCUUGCUUCGGCCUACCUGCCACCAUCCAGUAGGACAAUGGUCGAGCAUUUAUGGCCCAAGUAGUCCAGUUAGUCGCCAAGUCCCUCAACAUCUCCUGGAAACUGCACAUUCCUUACCAUCCUCAGUCGUCAGGUAAAGUUGAACGGGCCCGUGGCAUCCUCAAAGGCCAUUUGGCCAAACUUGCUAUUAAGGUAAAACUCUCUUGGCCCACAUCCUACCUCUUGCCCUGGCCCGGGUCCAGGCCACCCCAUGGGAGCCAACGGGCCUUAGCCCCUUCAAAUUGCUGUACGGCCGGCCUUUCCUGGUUUCUCACAACCUCCCUGUAAACCCUCCUCUACUGGCUUCCUACCUUCCCUUCCUCUACCUCCUCUGCCACCUGUUAAGGGAGCACGCAGACCACUCCCUCCCUGUUGUUCCAGGACCAGAGGACUCCCACCCAGCGGCACCUCUCCAACUGGGUGACAGUGUUCUCCUCCGAGAACUCAAACCAGGAUCCUUGCAACCCAGGUGGUCAGGACCCCACAUUGUUAUCCUAACCACCCCCACAGCAGCCAAACUCCUGGGUCACACUCCGUGGUACCAUGUGUCCCACCUCAAACUGGACCCCCAAAAGGAUCAGUGGAAAUCCGAACCCCUGGGUCCCACUCGCCUCCGCCCCACCCGUGGCCCUGACGCGUCGCCCCCUAACCCUUCAGAGCCUCCUUCCCUUUCCCUCAUGUGCCUGUCACCUUAGUCCCGCAGUUAGAGGUAUACAGACAGGUCGAACUUCUAUCCCUCUUCCACCUUCCCCUCAUCACCGGACCGACGAGCAGUCUUUCUCCCAAUGGUUGUUGGUCUCUCUCUAGUAUUCUCUCUGGUGGCGGCUGGGCUAGGAAGCCGCGCUCUAGGCUACAGUGUCACUUCAGCCACUCAACCAGAGGACAAGCUCCAUGUGGCUAUUGAAGCAUCAGCCACCUCCCUGGCCUCCCUCCAGCAACAAAUCACGUCGCUGGCACAGGUAACUCUCCAGAACCGACCGGCCCUUGACCUGCUAACAGUAGAAAAAGGAGGUACCUGUCUGUUUCUUCACAGUGCUGCUACUAUAUCAACGAAACAGGCCUUGUAGAAGAGAACGUCAGCGCUCUCUAUCGCCUCCAAGAAGACCUCCGAAAAAAACAGAAUGCACCAGUCUCGCUUCUCAACUGGUGGCAAUCUCCCCUGCUUACCUGGCUGACCCCUAUUAUCACCCCCAUCAUUGUCGUUUGCCUUCUGUUAACAUUAGCCCCUUUUUUCCUCAGGUUUUUACAGGCCCCCAUAAGGGAAAUUUCCAGGGUGGCCGUAAACCAGAUGCUGCAUCACCCCUAUGUCUGACUCCCAACCUAGGCACCAGCCAAGUGACCCCUCCCACUCACUCCGCCCCUAUUCAGCAGGAAGUAGCCAGAAAGAAGCAGCGUCCUAUAUCAUCAAAAGGGUCAGAAUGUAAGGCCGGUUGCCUCGCUAGGAGCUCCGACACACCCACCCAUCUCUGUACCCGAAACCCAUGUCACAUCUCUGCGCCAGGAACCUACCUCAGGAGCACAUGCUCUCCUGGAAGGAUUUGGCUAAUGUAACCCUAGCUGGAUCUUGCAUUAGGAAAGUCCCGCCCAACAAUCUACCUACCAAUAGCAGCUUCCCCAUCUAUGUCCCACUCACCCAUAACCAAUCAGAGCACCCUGCUCCUCCUCAGUCGCUAUAGCUAUAAAAACCCUACACCUCAAGAAGUUAGCACGACUUCUCUGGCCCCCAUUUCCCAGACCAUAGAACCUUGCCUGGGAGCUGA